AUCAAUGAAAAAAUUUACUUUUAUUAAUUUAAAAAUUCUUUUUCAUUCAUUAGAUAUAUUUUGCAAGCAUAAACAUGGAAGAUAAAAGCCUAGCAUGUAUGUGGAGUGCUGAGAAAAGAAAAGGAAAACUACUUAACAGUGUCAAUCCUGCUAAAAGACCAAGAACAGAAGUACCAAAUGAGCUGGGCUCCCUGCCAAAGGAAGCAUGGCUGGCUGUCAAGAAGGAGCGCAAGAAGGAGCGGGCCAAAAUGAUCAAAAUUGCAAGAAAGGAAGCCAAAUUGAAGGGCCGUAUGCCAGUCAUCUUGCCAGCUACUCCCAAAUUAUGCCCAUUUGUUCCUAACUUUAAGAGAAACCCUCGUGGUUGUCCUGUUUCUGUUCUGGAAAAAGUCCUCACCAAAGAGACCUUGAAUGACAUCAAAAAUUUGAAUUUCAAUAAAAUUGCCGAUAUCCAAGCUAUAGCAAUCCCUUUACUUGCUAAAGGCACGAAUGCCAGGAUAAUAGCGGAGCCAGCUUCUGGCAAGACACUUGCUUUUUUAAUUCCAGUCUUGGAUCGACUCAGGAGAACAAAUUUCAACAAAGAAAAUGGAGUUGGUGUGCUGGUGCUUUGCCCCAACUCUGGUUUGUGUGAGCAGAGCAGAGCAGAGUUGCACAAACUCGUGCAUCGCAGCAGUGGUGACAGCUUCACCAGCUCUGUGGCAUACGGAUGUGAUGAUGACCAAACAAGUGCAAACGUGCUCUUCUGCACACCCGCUUCUCUUUGUCAUCACCUGCAAAAUACACCAAACUUCUCAUUGGAAAAGGUUUUCAUGUUGGUGCUCGACGAGUUUGACUUCCUCUUGUGCCACUACGACCAAGUUCCUCACAUGCAGACCAUCCUACCCAAGCUCCCCAAGAAGCUGCAGGUCGUCAUGGUGAGCGCCACCCACGGCAAGGAGGACGCUGAGCUGGUCGCCCUCUACUUCGGGGGGCGCAAGUACGCUGACGUGGACCUCAGCGCCCCCCGAGGGGCGGGGCUCAGCCCUCACGUCACACUAGAAUAUAUGCUGUGUCCCACUCACUACCGCCUGGGGCUGCUGGUGAAGGCAUUGCAGCAGAGCGCAGCGCGCAAGACGCUCGUGUUCUUCACGCUGGACGCGACGGUGCAGCUCUACAGCCGCGUCCUGGCCGUCAUGGGCAUCCCUAACAUCGCCUACCAUAGCGGGCUGACGCGGGAGCAACGAACGUCGACGCACAAGACGUUCGUGUCCGUGACUUCAGGAGUGCUGCUGUGCUGCGACGCUGACGUCCUGGGCUGGCACGUGCAGAACGUCGACUGUGUCUUGCAAGUUGACCCACCUCACAACACGAGCGUGUUUGCACGGCGCGUUGGGUUCGCUGGUCGCCACCUUGCGGGGAGCGCCGCUGCUGGGGACACAAAUGGCACCCCCGCAAAGGACGCUAAGGUCUCUUGCUUGACGCUGCUCCGGCCGGAGGAGACCUGCUACCUCGAGCUCCUGCAGAAUGACCUCAGCGUCCUCCUCAACCGCCGCAUCAUCAACACUGGACACCUCCCGAGCCUCCUCGCUACUACGCAUAUGGCGGUUCACAACACGCCUGGUCUGCAGGAGGCGGCGUCGAAGGCAGCGGCGAGCUACCGCAACAACUACCGCAGACUCAAGCCCAAGACCAUGUUCCCCGCACAAGGCCUGCACAAGGUCGAGAUCGAAGCGGCGUUUGGUCUGGUGGGCCAAAUACCCAAAGCGGUGCACACGGCAGCCGAGAACAGAAUGCAGCCCUACCUCCGCCAGCUCGAUGAUUGGGAAAAUGAAUAAAUUCAUGGGAAAAAUAAUCAUUUUUCCUAGCAUUAAAAUGAAAGAUAUUGUUAUUCACCUAGCACCGUAUCAAAAUACUCAUCAUAUUAUUUUAUGCAUCUCGUUACUGAAAAUGAAUAGAACGGAAUAAUGUGAAUGAACUUAAUUCAUCUUUAACUGAGAAAUGAAUUGGAAGAUGAUAUUUGACCAGCGAAAAGACUAUGCAUUAGUUCAUUAUCAUCGUUAAUGUUUAGAUAAACAAAUUGAUAGAGAAUAUUCAGUGUGGCUUCAAGUAAAAGGUAAAAAAUUACUUAUCAAGUCUCAAUAGA